AUGAAGACUUUCGCGUCCUCGCUGGACACACUCCAGGGCCUUUGCCCCACCGCUUCUGAUCCAGACGCCAUAGGCCUCCCAUCUGCUCCAGACUCGGAAGCACAACUUCAGAGACGAACGGAGCUGGAGAGCGUCUCUUCGACCCCAAAGUGUUUCGAAAUAACGGAGGGAAAUUUUGAGAGAGACGCGGAAGCCGCUGCUGCGUUGUCCGAGGCGCGCGACGCUUCUGAGUCGAACGAACAAUUUUUCUUGCGGAUGGAGUCGCCUGAAGACUCAUUGUCGCGUUCUGGGUCGACUGCUCGGAGGGGAGAGGCUGAGGUCCGAAGCGCGAAGAGUUUUCAGAGAGAGACGGGGAAAGAAGAAUCGGAGGAAGCACCGCCAGCAUCCUCCAAGCUGGUGUAUCUUUUGCAGAACGCAGAGGCAAGACGGGAGUUCCUCAGCACAGCGAUAAAUGCAGUGACGCCUGUGCACCGGCAUGCGACGCCGUGGGCAGAUGACGACUUGUGCCCUGCCUCAGCUUCAAGUUCCAGGGACGCCUCUCCCUGUCUCUCGAUCGGUCGGAUCCAAGGCGAAGAUGAGGGAGAGACACGCCAAACUGAGAGGCGAGAGACACACCUGAGCUCCGACAAAGACGCCGACAAAGACGCAGUGCAGGCGUUUGGGCGGGAAACCUCAAGUCCCUCACGAGGACCUUGCUCUGGCGGAAGUGUAGAAAGAAAAGAAGGCGGUCGAGGCAGAGAGAAACUUCUCAGCGCCAGCACCCAUCAGAAUGGAACGCGGGAAGGGCGGCCUUGCAGAGCGACGAAAGGCGAGGGAAGAGACAAGGUGGCAAGCGUGAAGUCGUCGAUCUACAACGUGUACGGAAAACCAAGAGCGAAGCACCAGUUCGCCUGCCCAGAUCGAUUCAUCUCCAAGAUGAUCGUCGCCAGAAAACACGGGGAGAGAAGCGCCGAGUUCAGUCCGAAUGAAAAAUAUCAAACCGUCGAAGCGCCGGUCGACAGAAAAAUCAAAACUGCGUCCAUGUGCCCCUUCACGCAACCCAAGGCCUCCCAGGUCCGGUCUCCAAAGGAACAGCCGCAGAGACUUGUCGAAGUUUUCCCAAGUCAUUUGGAUUUCGGCGUCUGCAAGGUGGGAGAGCGCAUGCGGCUGGGCACCCGAGUGCGAAACAUCGACUCCGAUGUCUGUCGAUUUUCGGUCGCCCUCGAGCACACAGGUCCCGAGGAAGCAUUUGAAAUUCAACUCUUCUACACAGCAGGACGAGUCGCCCCUGGUCUCUGUUUGGAAAUUAUUGCGGACCUCGUUGCCUCUUCUCCCGGUCCGAUUUCUGCGGCGAUUAUUGUCACACACAAAGCGCAUUUAAUUCGCGUUCCGAUCACGGCUCAGGCUGUGUAG